CCCGUAAAAAAAUUUCUAACCGCCAUGGCGUCAUCUCUUCCCGGUGUCCUAACGUUCCUUGUAACGUCUGUGUUCCUGUGCUCUGCCCAGUCGGUCUGUAGACCACCGUCAGACGAGAAAUGUGUGUGUAAUUGUGGGGAUACAGUUGUGAAUUGUGGGAAUGACGACGCACUUCGAGCAGAGCUAGAGAAACUCAGAAUCGCUGUGAAAGAACAUUCCCAGAAACUGUGUACUUCACCGUCUACCUCAGUCAACGAGACGGCCACCGACAAGCCUCAAGACUGUCAGGAUAUCCUUGACAACGACGAGACCACGCCCAGCGGCGUGUACAUGGUUUAUCCACGGGACAACCUGGGCGGCUUCAACGUCUUCUGUGACAUGGACACGGACGGAGGCGGCUGGACGUUGUUCCAGAGACGCCAAGACGGAAGCGUCGACUUCUACCGGGGCUGGGCGGACUACAAGACCGGCUUCCCUUCCAACCUGAACGGCGAGUUCUGGCUGGGGAAUGACAACUUGUACCGCCUGGCUGUGCAGGAAGUCUACCAGCUCAGGGUGGAUAUGGAGGAUGUUGAGGGGAACACGGCGUACGCGGCUUACGACACGUUUGCCAUCUCGCCUGAAUCACAGAACUACAAGCUCCACAUAGGGACUUACAGCGGUACUGCAGGAGACAGCUUGACGGGGCAUGACGAAAAACCAUUCAUUACCAAGGACAGAGAUAACCCGUCCAGCUGUGCUCAGAGGUUCAAAGGUGCGUGGUGGUACGACAGUUGCCACAGCUCCAACCUGAACGGCCUGUACCACCUGGGUACUCAUGAGAGUAACGCCGACGGAGUCAACUGGCAGCGCUGGAAGGGUUAUAACUACUCCCUGAAGCGCACUGAGAUGAAAAUCCGACCAGCUCCAUAAGGCCACAUGUUGUGUUUUUAUGUGUAUCUGCUUGCCAACCUAGCCUCCUUUUCAGGCGUUCCGGGAUCUGUCGUGUUUAUUUGU